UGCUGCGGGAGGAGGAGGAGGAGGAGGAGGAGGAGCAAGUGCGCAUGCUCACAGCUGUUUACAACAUCCAUCUGUCACAUCUUUUGUUAGCUCGACUUCAUUCAGAGCAGCAGCUCAGGAGACACAGCACGGUUUUUUUUUCCACGUCAACAUGACUUCACGUGUCGGCCUCAGAGCUGUUGGUACCAACGGAAGUGACUUCAAACCCAGGGAGAGGGUGGCCCCACAUUACCAGAUGAGUGCUUCCCUGAAGUCAGAGGUGCGGAAGUUGAACCUGGUCCACCUCCUCCUCUGGCUGCUGGUGGCGGCACAGGUGACCGUCAGCCACCUCAACCUGGUGUCACAUGACACAGUGUCCAUGCCGUACCAGUGGGAGUACCCCUACCUGCUCAGCCUCCUGCCUCUGCUCUGCAGCAGCCUGUCGCUUCCCAAGAACAAUAUCAGUUACCUGGUCAUAUCCAUGAUCAGCGGGGGGCUGUUCUCCGUGGCGCCUCUCAUCUACGGCGAUGGAGAUGUUUCCUGUGGCGCAGCAGCUGUACCGCCACGGAAAGGCCUAUCGCUUCAUAUUCGGCUUCUCCGCGGUGACUGUUAUGUACCUCAUCAUGGUGGUCGCUGUUCAAGUGCACGCCUGGCAGUUAUAUUACAUGAAAAAGCUGUUAGACUCGUGGUUCAACACCACUCAGGAGAAGAAGAAGAAGUAACGGAGCGAAAGAAGAUGCGACUGGGUGAAAAACUGUGUUUUUAUUUUUAAUUUAUUCAGAAGUUAUUGGUUUUAUUUAUGUCUACCUUUGCAGUCAUCAUGUCAUGUAACACCGUACGUUAGACACCAGUGAUCUCUGACAUGUGUUAAGAUGUAUAAUUUAUGCAGGAACCUGGAUUUUUAAUCACUAUUAUUUAUUUAAAGUGGAUAAUAAGUAGUUAUCACACACAAUCAGGAGAGGCAACAUCCAUAAACAUUCAGUCACUUUGCAUCUGAGUCUUGUCAUCUGUCUAGAAAUGAACAGAACAGAUGUAGAGGUGUUCGUACUUCCAGCAUAUAUAUUUUGCUUAUUAUUCGCAGCUGUAUGUGUUAAAGGAAGUAGGUUUUCCAUUGCUGAUGUUGUCUCUUUCAUUAAGUCUACCU